CAGAAGAGACUGCCAUUUUACACAGGGACAGCUAGCUAAACCUACAAAGUGAUUGACCACAACUUAUUGGCCUAUAGUAGUAAACUUGUUUUUCCAGAAGUACAGCGUGAACAGCGGUAAACUGUAACCAAUCAUCCAACACGGCUUUUUGUUUUCAAGCACGAGUCAAAUAAACAGUGGCGUAAAAAACACGGAGGUAGUAGUGUAAGGCCCUGGAUGGAUAGCCUGGACCCCGAAACCCUGUAUGUGUCUCCAGAACAGACUGGACAGCCCACACUCCCCCUCCCUACCUUGGAAGUCUCCAACGUGGCACUAGUGGGCGGGAAGAAAAUGAAUGGGUCUCUGGACCAUCCCGACCAACCAGACGUCGAUGCCAUUAAGAUGUUUGUGGGACAGAUUCCACGGUCCUGGUCUGAAGAGCAGCUCCGUGAGCUAUUUGAGCCUUAUGGAGCAGUCUAUGAGAUUAAUGUUCUCCGAGACCGCAGCCAGAAUCCACCACAGAGCAAAGGCUGCUGUUUUAUAACGUAUUAUACUCGCAAGUCAGCCUUGGAAGCACAGAACGCUCUGCACAACAUGAAGAUUCUGCCAGGGAUGCACCACCCGAUCCAGAUGAAGCCAGCUGACAGUGAGAAAAACAAUGCAGUGGAGGACAGGAAGCUGUUUAUUGGAAUGAUCUCCAAGAAGUGUAAUGAGAAUGACAUCAGACUGAUGUUCUCCCCGUACGGACAAAUAGAGGAGUGUCGGAUACUUCGAGGCCCUGAUGGACUCAGCCGUGGUUGUGCAUUCGUGACAUUCACAGCCAGACAAAUGGCCCAGUCAGCCAUCAAGUCCAUGCACCAGUCUCAGACCAUGGAGGGCUGUUCAUCGCCCAUAGUUGUGAAGUUUGCAGACACUCAGAAGGACAAGGAGCAGAAGCGCAUGGCCCAACAGUUGCAGCAGCAGAUGCAGCAACUUAGUGCUGCCUCCAUGUGGGGAAAUCUCACUGGGCUCAACAGCCUGGGGCCACAGUACCUAGCACUCUACUUACAGUUGCUGCAGCAGUCAGCCUCCACAGGGAAUGCACUCAACAACCUGCACCCUGUUUCAGGUCUUAAUGCCAUACAGAACCUGGCUGCUUUAGCAGCAGCAGCAACUGCCACACAGGCCACGCCCACAGGCUCCAGCGCCAUGACAACAUCUAGUAGCCCUCUAAGUGCACUAACAAGCUCAGGCUCCUCUCCCACCUCCAGCAGCAACUCCUCAGUGAACCCUAUAUCUUCUUUGGGGGCUCUGCAGUCUCUAGCUGCUGGAGCUGGAGCCAGCCUCAACAUGGGCUCCUUGGCAGGCAUGGCAGCACUGAACGGCAGCCUUAGCUCUGGAGGCCUGUCUAACGGCUCAGGAAACACCAUGGAGGCCCUGAGCCAGGCCUACUCAGGCAUCCAGCAGUAUGCUGCUGCUGCCGCCAUCCCCAGUCUGUACAACCAGAGUCUGCUGCCCCAGCAGAGCGUGUCAGCUGCAGGCAGCCAAAAAGAAGGUCCAGAAGGUGCCAACUUGUUCAUUUACCACCUGCCCCAGGAGUUCGGGGACCAGGAUUUGCUCCAGAUGUUUAUGCCCUUUGGAAAUGUCAUCUCUGCUAAAGUCUUCAUUGACAAACAGACAAACCUCAGCAAGUGCUUUGGCUUUGUGAGCUAUGACAACCCCGUGUCAUCACAAGCAGCCAUCCAGUCAAUGAAUGGUUUCCAGAUCGGUAUGAAGAGGUUGAAGGUGCAGCUGAAGCGCUCAAAGAAUGACAGCAAGCCCUACUGAAGGUGCUGAGGCACUGCAGACUUAGCUAGGCAGGGUGGUGUUAUGAUCUCUUCCUGUUUGCCCUAGCAUGUUGAUGUGGCGUCACAGUUCAUCGUCCAGUCCUUGUGUUUCCUGCGCUUCUCUGAUGCUUCCAAUUUCACCUUUGACCUUGUGUUUGACAUUGAUGAAGUUUUGUUUUGUUGUUUCCUGUAUGUCCUCUGUGUUGUCAGCAGGGGCACUAGAAAGACUGCCACUGAAUAUGUUUGAAAGUCACAUUAGACUUAUUACAAGCAAAUAAGAGAAUCUAUUUUUCUAGAACUGACUCACAUAACCACUAGAUUUUUUGCGAAAUCAGUUUGAGUCUGAGCUUUAACUUUGUUUUUAUCUCCUGUGUUGUGGAGCAGUCCUCCCAGUGCCCCCCAUCCUCUGGUUUUGUUGUGGUUUUUUUGUGUGUGACAGCAGCUAAUCUGUCUCCAGACGAUGUUGUGCGUGAGUUCAUCUUUGGGAGUUCACAUUUUGAGUGAUGUUAUGAGGAGGAAGCAUUUAAUGUCAGUGUAAAAAAAAAAAAAAUUCAGUUUCUAAUUUCAGCCUGUCAACUCACCACCACAAUCUGCUCUAUCUCCUGUGUGGAAAAUUAGACAUAAAAUCCACAGGGGAAAGACUUUUGUCACGGUAUAUUUAGCCUCUAUGUUUUUUUUUUUCUUUUAAUAUAUCCACAGUGAAAUUCUUGGUAAACUGUGAUCUAGUUUGUGUUAACUUAAAAACAAAUAAACUGGUGCCAAAUGUUUUGCACAAUCAGUAUUUUC